GAAGGGGUGGUGGUGAGCAGAAGGACCUUCGGAUAUUUCUCGUUACCGGUGACCGGUUCUAAUGUGGGGGCCACAGAAAGAUAUUCCCAUUAAUCUCCGGUUCAAUUCAGUUCGAAAGCUUUGGCUAUCAGCGCUUCUCCCCUCGCACAGAGAGAGACAGAGAGAGAUGGCUUCCUCGGUGAACGCCCCUCACUUCCAUGCCUCGGUCAGCGCCGUCGGUUCCAACAAGAACCUCGUCUUCUGCCUCCGACGCUCCUCGUUUGGGUUUCGACCCUCUAAUCAACCCUCUUCUCUCUUCUCUCCUAUUGCUUCCAAGUUGAAAGCAUGGAAAUCAGAAGUACAACCUUCCUCAAACAAGAUAUACUGCAGCCUAGCAGAACUCGAAAGCGAAAAUGACGAGGCAUGUGAAUUGGUCAAUGGGACGGAACUUUCCCUGGGGGAUGGUGACGAUCUCAUCCGUGCUUACCUUUUCACGGCCGUGAAAAACAACAAUGGCACUGGGAUACUGCUCUUGUCCGAUAUAUAUGGAUUUGAGGAUUCCUCCACGCGGGAGUUUGCGUAUCGAGUUGCUUGUAACGGUUACAAUGUGCUGCUUCCAGACUUAUUUCGUGGAGAUCCAUGGACAAAAGACAGGCCGAAGAACCUCUUUGAGCAAUGGUAUGCUGGUCAACAACCAGACAGGGUCGCAAAGGACAUCGGAAUGGCAAAAGAUUGGCUGGUCAAUGAACUUUUAUCCGCGGGGAUCUCCAAGAAGCUUGGUGUUAUCGGAUUCUGUUUUGGCGGUGGCCGAGUAAUAGACAUUCUGGCCAAAGACGAGUCCAAUCAUUUUAGUGCUGGAGUCUCCUUCUACGGUACAAGGAUCGACAGAUCCACGGCUUGCAAUAUAAAUGUGCCGAUCUUGUUUAUUUCAGGGGAUGAAGAUCCACUUUGUCCAGUGAGUUUGUUGAGGGAUAUUGAGAAUAGUAUCGGUAGAGGAUCAAGGGUAGUGAUUUUCGAAGGAAGAGGUCAUGGAUUUGCUCACCAGCCCAAUUCUCCGGACGAAGAUAAAGAUGCAGAACAGGCAUUUCUGGUCAUGAGGAGCUGGCUGGAUGAUGAGCUAGUCGCGGGUAACUCAUCUUAGGAGCGUGUAUAGUUUUGCUUCACGGUGGUGGACGAUGUGAGGAUGUUGAUAUGCAGUGACAGACCCAAGGGGCUAGCGGAGGGCCAUCAAUCUCCUUGGCAACUUGGUGCUCAAUGUAACUUUUCAGUAUGGAUCAAUCUGUGAGAUUCCUCAUCUUAGAUUUACUCUCUCCUUAAUUAAAUGAUGAUAUGCUACUCAUGGGAGGACCUAGUA